UAUACAGGAAACAGUAAAGCCAGCGCCCGCGCAUCUCAGAUGUUCCACAGAUGCCUUGAAAUGCACCAAUUCUGCGAUACGGGGCGCGACCAACAUUAUUAUCCUAAGAGGUUGCUGGACUUGACAGGAGACCGUCCACGUUUGAUCUUAACUGAAAUGGAUCCACCAAAAGGACCUUAUGUCACGCUCAGCCAUUGCUGGGGCAAAGAUCCCAAUUUUCUGACUCUCAACACCGGAAAUAUUUCGACUUUACAAGCCGGAAUACCGCAAGCGCAGCUGCCCAAGUCUUUCGCACAAGCGACUAAAGUCUGCAACUGGCUGCAAGUCGGCUAUCUCUGGAUUGAUUCUCUGUGCAUUCUCCAAUCCGGUGAAGGCAGCGAUGAAGACUGGAAAUUUCACGCCACGGCCAUGGCUUCAAUAUAUGCGAAUGGAAUUGUCAGCAUUUCUUCAGCAUGUGCAACCUCUCCGCAUCAGGGCUUUUUCAGGAAGCGCGAGUCGGCUUCAACUCGCCUAACUACCGAAAGAUGGCAUCAGUUUGGGGACGGGACUAAAGCAUUUGCCUUGGUCGACGCAGAUAUGGCAGAACGACAGCUUUAUACCCAACCUCUGUUUUCCCGCGCCUGGACUUUGCAGGAGCGGUUACUGGCGCCUCGGGUUCUGCAUUUCGCUGAGGAGCAGAUCUGGUGGGAAUGCGUCGAGGGUCCGACGUGCUGCGAGAUGCUCCCAGAGGGCUUCCAUUGGAGAAACAAAGACGGGCUGAGCAUUCCACCCUGCUUCAGCUUCUCUGUCUCACAAAAUGCAUCUACCGAUAAAGAGAUGUACCAUGACUCCCUCAGACUACGGAAGGAGUGGGACACUGUCGUCAGGGAUUACACGAGUCGCAACCUGACCUUCCCCGACAAAGAUAAAUUUCAUGCUCUAGCUGGUGUGGCAGAGCGUGUGGCAGCUCUAAAAGACGACGAGUACUUAUUGGGAUUCUUUCGCAAGGAACUUCCAGAAAGCUUGUUAUGGAAGCAAGCGAGUGCUGUGCGAGCGCCCAACAUCUCUAGAGCGCCGACAUGGAGCUGGGCCAGUAUGGACGGGACAAUUGAACCU